CACUGCUUGUGAACUACGUUUGAAAAGUGACAGGACUUUCCUAACUGCGGAGGAGAAUAGAGCUCUCUUAUUCCCCCGAUUGGGACGCUCCCCAAGAGCUGGAGUGAUGAAUGGGACUCUGAUUGCAGGCACACCCAUUGCGGUGGAUUUUUGGAAUAUCAGGAAAGCUGGGCAGGCUCGCUUGUUCUUUCUUUCUCACAUGCACAGUGACCAUACUGUGGGGCUUUCCAGCACCUGGAACCAACCUGUUUAUUGUUCACCUGUUACAGGACAAAUUCUACAUCUCAGGCUGAAGGUAGCUAAGCGGUGGAUCCGUCCUUUGGAAGUGGGAGAUAGCCAUGUUGUCCCUUUGGAUGAAAUUGGCAGAAAUACCAUGACAGUGACCUUGAUAGAUGCUAACCAUUGCCCUGGAUCUGUCAUGUUUUUUUUUGAAGGGUACUUUGGUGCCAUCCUGUACACAGGUGAUUUUCGUUACAAUGCUAACAUGCAGCAAGAUCCAGUUCUAAAGAACUCAAAGCUUAUCAACUUCCUCUAUCUGGAUAAUACUAACUGUCAUCCUGAAAUUAUCUUACCAUCCCGGGAACAGGCCACUGAGCAAAUUAAAAAGUUGAUCAGGGACCACCCUGAUCAUCAGGUGAAGAUUGGUACAUAUAGCUUGGGAAAGGAAUCACUUUUGGUGGAACUGGCCCAAGAAUUUCAUACAUGGAUUGUAGUGAGUCCUCAGAAGUUGGAGCUUAUGCAGCUGUUGGAGAUUGAGGAUGUUUUCACUUCUGAAGAAGGAGCUGGAUGGAUUCAUGCUGUGGAUUUUUCAGAAAUCUGCAAAGAAACAAUAACCAACUGGAAUCAGAACCAUCCAACCAUUGCUAUUCUCCCUACCAGUAGACCAGUGAAAAUCAAACACCCUAAUAUGUAUGCUGUUCCUUAUUCUGACCAUUCAUCUUUCCAAGAACUAUUAGAAUUUGUAGCUUGGCUAAAGCCCUGCUCCAUUAUCCCUGUGGUAAAGAAUAAGGCAUGUCAAGUAUAUUUUCAACAAUACUUGAGCUCUGAAAACUAUUCACUUCUGGAGUCUAAAGUUCCAGAAUCAGUUAAACAAGUCAUACAAAACAAGAAAAGAGAAAAGCCAAUAAAACUACUAAAAUCGUCAGCCUCUCACCAUGUUCCAAGGGGAGUUUGCUUUGACUCUCCUGAAAAAUGUACUAGCCAGAUAUACUAUUACCCUGAAACAGAAAUUUCUGAGUUGUGCUGCCCAGAAUCCACAAACAGAACUGACUCUUAUUCUAGACAAGAAAAGUGUAUUCAGUCUCCACAGUGUGAAGAAAAACAGGAAGAAAUAAUACUAGAACCAUCAAACCUUGAGAACCAGAGAGCACUCCCUGUGGUAGAGUCAGAAAACAUUUUUUCCACGAAACAUCAGCUGAAGGACAUUGAUAAUGAAUUUAAAAAGCAUCAGACAGUUGUAACAUCAGCAUGCAUAUGCACUUUUUCCAGUGACAGAAAGGAUGCAAUCUCUACUCUAGAAAGAGUUCCUUCUUCCUGUGAGGACAGUGACCGUCUUGCUCAAAGAGUCUUGGACAAUGAUGUCUUGACAGCAUCACACACUGAUCAGAUUCACAGAGUGGCCAGUCAACAGAUUUUAAAAGACCUUUUUCAGGGAUACGACUUAUCUCCGUUAAAUAUCUCGAAGCGCAAAUCCCUAGAAAACUUUGAUUUACGAGUAGAAAACUACUUAAAAAGAGGAAGACUAUCACUAGGCACAGAAUAAUAAAAACUUGCAUUCUGGAGAAGAACUUGCAGGAAAAAGCAAAAUGUCUGACCAUGUA